UUGUAUUCCACUUACAACCUUCCAACAUACAAAGGGUAACACACAAACAACAGUGUAAAGCUCAUUUUAGUAUCCUUCAAAAAACUAGAAGGGUACACUUGCAAAGAAGAGAGGUUGUUGAAGAAGAAGAACAAGCAAAUCAUCACUGUGAAAGUAAUCAAGAGACAAUGGGAGCCAAGAGGUCUUCAUCAUGCUCAUUUAGCAGCAUGUUCAAGGCCUGUUUCUCAAGCGGAAACCAGUAUGAUAACUACUGGGAAGGCAGCGGCACCGGCCGGAGAAUGUUUGCAAGUGAUGAAGACAGAGGUUAUUGGGUUGCAGAGCCUGGUAUUGACAGAAAAGCCUCUGACUUCAUUGCUAGAUACUAUGCCAACCGAGUCACUGACUCUGAGCGCCAAUUUGCUUCUUGAAAUUGCACUUUUUAUUCUUUUCAUUGCUUCAAUUUCUUGCAAGUAGCUAGUUUUUUAAUGGUUUAUUCUGACCAAUUCUACUUGGUUCCUUCCUACUUCAUUCCACACUCUCUGUUCUUCUCUGUCUCUGAACAAUGUGAUGUUGUUCCCUCAUUUGGGUGUGGUGAUGUAAUUGGGGUAUGGAUCCAUUACUUGUUAGCCGGAAUAAUGUGGUCAUUAAUAAUGUAAAACUUUAUUAUUUGUUAUUAGAACUUUCAUUGGUUCCA